CGUCUCCAACUCUCUCACUAUAUAUACCUCCUCAAUGUAGGUACCUCAUAUCAAGCACAAGCAAGUCACCAGAUCGAUAUCUACAUAUCUUUCCACUUACUUCAUCCUGUGUAUACUUGGAUACCCAGGAUAUAUACACUCACGUACGUAGGUGCAGAAGGAAAGAUGGCAGGAGUAGGCAUGAACCAGCUGGUAGUGCUGCUACUCCUGGUGGCUCUGCAUGGGCUGCUGCCACCGUCCGCCCACGCCGCCCUGCAGGACGGGUUCUACAGCGCCAGCACCAAUUGCAACGUCGACGUCGAGGCCGUUGUGUGGGACGUCGUCGAGCAGCAUGUCUCCCGGUUCGGCGACGGUGGCUCCGGCGCAGGUCUCAUCCGCCUCCACUUCCAUGAUUGCUUUGUCAAGGGUUGUGAUGCUUCCGUCCUCAUCGAUCCGAGCCCCGUCAACCCGAACCCGGAGAAGGCCUCGCCGGCCAACGGCGGCCUCCGUGGGAUCGACGUGGUCGACGAGGCCAAGAGCCGGCUCGAGGGCGCGUGCCCCGGCACCGUGUCGUGCGCGGACAUCCUCGCCUUUGCCGCCCGAGACGCGGCCUACAUCCUCAGCUCCGGCGCGAUCAGCUACAGCGUCCCCUCGGGCCGCCGCGACGGGCUCACCUCCAACGCCGCCGACGCCAACCGGAACCUGCCCCCGCCGUUCGCCCAGCUCGACGACCUCGUUCGCGCCUUCGCCUCCAAGGGCUUCAGCAGGGAGGAGCUCGUCGUCCUCUCCGGCGCGCACUCCAUUGGACGCGUGCACUGCUCGUCCUUCCGGGACCGGAUUCACCCCACAGUGAACGAGACCAUGGACUGGAGCUACGGCACCUACAUGCAGUGGCAGUGCCCCGAGGACGCCGGGACGGAGAAAUGGAUUGAGCAGGACAUCGCGACGUCGGGAGACCUCGACGGCCAGUACUUUGAGAACGUGCUCGCCGGCAGGGUGCUCUUCAACUCGGACUGGGCGCUCAUCGACGACGACCAGACGCGGCGGAUGGUGGAGGACAACGCGAUGAACCAGCGGAGGUGGGCCGCCAGCUUCGCCGCCGCCAUGCGUAAGAUGAGCUCGCUCGACGCCCUCACUGGCACCGCCGAGGGUGAGAUCAGAAAGCUAUGCCACGUCACUAACAGAGGCUAGCCAUGCAUCGAUGGGACGCC